GACAAGGCCCGCCCCGCAUCAAUACCACCACCCAUCCACCAUUGCCAGUAAGCCUUGAGAGGCACACACCGACGCGAUGGUAAAAGAGACGAAGCUCUACGACCAGCUGGGCGUCAAGCCCGAGGCUACACAGGAAGAAAUCAAAAAGGGCUACCGCAAGGCAGCUCUCAGGUGGCACCCCGACAAGAACAAGGACAACCCCAACGCCAGCGAAAAGUUCAAGGAGUGCUCCCAGGCCUACGAGAUCCUCUCCGACCCCGAGAAGCGCAAGAUCUAUGACCAGUACGGGCUCGAGUUCCUCCUCCACGGCGCCCCGCCCCCGGACGCCAGCGGCGGGGCCGGCAACGCCAACCCCUUUGCCGCUGGCGGCAUGCCUGGUGGUUUCAACUUUGGCAACGCCGGCGGCGGCGGCAACACGCGCUCGUUCCGCUUCAGCACCGGUGGCGGUGGCGGUGGCGCGCCGGGCUUCAACUUUAGCAGCGCCGAAGAUAUUUUCGCCGAGUUCAUGCGGCAGAGCGGUGGCGGCGGCGGCGGCGGCGUAGGCGGCGGAGAGGACAUUUUCUCCACGUUUGGCGCGGCACGCGGCGGCCGAUCGCGGGUGCGGCACUCGUCGGGCGGCUUCGAUGACUUCUCGCCGCCUAAGAGGCGGGAGGCCACGCCCGAGGUGACGACGGUUGAGAGGGCGCUGCCGCUGACCCUGGAGGAGCUCUUCAAGGGUGUGACGAAGAAGAUGAAGAUCAAGCGCAAGCUGUUUGACGAGAGCGGAAAGAGGACGACGACGGACACGGUGCUCGAGGUGCCGAUCAAGGCCGGUCUGAAGAAGGGUAGCAAGAUCAAGUUCAAGGGGGUCGGUGAUCAGGAGGAGGGAGGCCAGCAAGAUCUGCACUUCAUCCUGGAAGAGAAACAACACCCUCUGUUCGUCCGUGAGGGCGAUGACCUCGUGCACACGGUUGAUCUCGACCUCAAGGAGGCUCUGACGGGAUGGAAGCGAACCGUUGCCACGAUUGACGGCAAGCAGAUCAACCUUGACAAGGCCGGCCCGACGCAGCCCGGCAGCUCAGAGCGGUAUCCCGGACUGGGCAUGCCCGUGUCGAAAAAGCCGGGCACGCGGGGCGACUUUGUCAUCAAGUACAACGUCAAGUUCCCGUCGAGUCUUACAGCGGCGCAGAAGCAGAAGCUUAGGGAAGUUCUCUAA